AUGCAAGAAAGAGUACUGCCGAUCAGCGUUCGGCAGCUUAAUGACCCCUUUGUGAAGUCUGCCCAUGUGCACAACUACCGGUGUAGAAGCGCCUUCAAACUGCUGGAGAUUGAUGACAAAUACAAACUUUUAAAACCCGGAUUCAACGUAAUAGAUUGUGGUGCUGCACCGGGUGCUUGGAGCCAGAUAGCUGUUCACAGGGUCAACUCAACUGGGGCUAAUGGAGAAUCCCCCCGUGGCACUGUGGUUGGAAUUGACCUUCUGCAUAUAGCACCUCUAGAUGGAGCUCACUUCCUGUCCAAUCAUGACAUCACUGACCCAGUCACACUUGCCAAGCUGCUUGAACUUCUCCCUGGUGCCCAGCCUCAUGUCAUCAUGAGUGAUAUGGCACCCAAUGCCAGUGGUUUCAAGGAGAUGGACCAUGAAAAACUCAUCACAAUGUCAUUGAUUGACUUGGCUGAGAAGGUGUUGCAGACUGGUGGCUCUCUGAUUUGUAAGUAUUGGGACGGGGCAUUGGCGCACCAGCUUCAGCAGAAGCUUUCAGCUGUGUUCCGUGACGUCAGGACAGUCAACCCAAAAGCCAGCCGAAAGGAGACGUCAGUUGUUUUUCCUUGCCCGGUCGUACAGAAAAAAUAAAAUAGUCUGGCUGUAUAUUUUCAUGCGUGUUGUAAGCUUUGUUCACUUGCAGUGAAAGGCUUUAGGUGCUCCAGCACUUGAGUAGCCCCUCUAUUUUUCCUUCCUGAAUGUACUUUUUGUAAAAAUCUAUAGUGUUUUAUGAUAUCUUUACCCAACUCGUUAAAAUCGAUGGAUAUUCUACAAUGAUUUACAUUAUUCAACAUCUACAAUUCUUGAAACCUUCCCUAAAAUAUUUUUAACAGACUUUGUAAGUACAAGUCACAUCCAUACCACAUCUGUAAAUCCAACAAGAAAUUUGGAUCAAGCAUGCAUUAUUCAUUUCUCAAUUGAGCUGAAAUAUUUAGCCUACCAGAAGAUGGCGCCGUUGAGGUAUCAAUCUGUGCAUUUGAAGGCCAAUAAUUUCUCCGUAUGGGCUGUUUUCAUCUUUACCUACAGACAAGGUGGUAUCAACAUCUAUGGGCCAGAAUGUAUUGUAUGUAUCAAGCCCUUAUCAUCAGAGCCACCGUGUUCCUCAAGUAAAUUUCUGUGCACGUCAGAACUAUUAUUUUUUCCUUUGUCAGGCAUGUUUGAAGUAUUACAAAGUACAUUUGGUAUUUGUUUGAUAAUAAAUAUUCCAGUUUGCCA